UUUCUGAAUGCUGUGCUUGCCUAGAAAAGUGGAUUGGAUAUCAAUGCAACUGUUACUUCAUUUCCAAAGAAGAAAAAUCUUGGGAAGAAAGCAGAGAUUUCUGUGCCUCUCAGAACUCCAGUCUUCUUCAGCUCAAAACCAGAACUGAAAUGAGUUUUAUGAACGCCAGUCAAAACCUUUUCUGGAUUGGAAUGCAUUUUAGUGAAGAAUUGAAUGCCUGGCUAUGGGAGGAUGGCUCAUUCCCCUUAAAAGAUCUGUAAGUUUCUGGGUAAUGAGGAUU